AUGGGCGCUGUUUCCGGGAUGGACCGGCGACGCGAGCCGAGCGGUUCUCUUUUUUUUGGGUUUGGCCAGCUGGAUGACCUUGAGAAGAGUGAUAAAAGAACUGAUGGGACACCAUUUUCUUGGAUGGGUUUCUGGGGAUCUUACCUUGGACUGGUAGGAUUGCCCUUCCAAUCUUUGGUGGGCAAACUCAUCUACGCACGGGCCUCAAAAAGUGAUGGCUCGAUCGCGCUGGCCCCCGCCCCGCAACGUUGCCUGAUGGAUCCUGCGACGCUGUCGAGCCCGGUCUUGGCCAUGGACAGUGGCCCCACAAGGAGCGAGCGGAGCGACCGCAGCCUGGCCGUGUCGUCGGCGGCGUCCAGGAACUCGCUGGGCACGGCCGACAGCGGCACGUCGCCGCGAGGGGUUGCCUUGAACGCCACCUUUCACAAAAUCUCCACUUCCAAGACACAGGAGCUGGGCGAGCUCACCGGUUGCCGCUCGCAGGUGCAACGACUCUUGCAGCGCGACAUGACCACGAACUUCAUGGCCUUUCUCAUCUUGGUGGAUUUCGUCAUGACGGUGGUGGACAUCGACGCGCGCGCGGUGGGGCCCGAAGCCUCGGCGCCCAUGUGGUCCUUCGUGAUCUCGGAGGCGUGCCUGGCGGUGUACACCGUCGAGCUGGCGCUGGUGCUUUGGUUGAGGAAAUGGCAGGCCUUGCAAGAUAAGGCGGUGCUUUUUGACCUCUUCACUGUCCUGUGUGGCUUUGUGACCACCGCCGUGAAGGUCUUGGACGCUUGGGACUGGCUCAACACCAUGCGGAUUCUUCGUGUGGUGCGGAUUAUGCGCGUGGCGCGGAUCAUCCGGAAGACGCCCUCACUGAGGGAGCUGCAGAAGCUGAUUUCCAUGAUGUCCACUUGCCUGAAAGCUUUGGGUUGGUCCUUUGUGUUCUGCUUCGGCUUCAUGACGGUGUGGGGCAUGCUGAUGGUCGAGUUCGUGCAUCCGAUCCUCAAGGAGUUGUACGACAAGGAGGGUUAUGAUUUCGGAGGCUGCCAGGACUGCAGACAAGCUGCUUCCUCGGUGAUGAGAGCGAACCUGUUGCUGUUCAAGACGGUGAUCGCCGGUGAUAGCUGGGGUCAGAUUGCCGUGCCAGUGAUUGAGCGAUCUCCCGCCACCAGCAUUGUCUUCUGUGGAUCGCUGUUGACGCUGGUGUUUGGAGUUUUGAACAUGGUGGUGGCUGUGGUCGUCGAUGGCUUUGCAGAGGGGAGACAAAGUGAUGUGUUGAAUUUAGCCCAAGAGCUGGAGUUUGAACACACAGCCAACAAGAAGAAUCUGGGCUUGAUCUUUGAUCGACUGGAUGUGAAAAACACAGGAGAUUUAACACUUGAAGAUCUUGUAAAGGGCGCCACCACGGAUGCUGAAUUUCAAAGUCGCUUGCGAGUGAUGGACAUCGAUGCGAAUGAUCUCGAACAAUUCUUCGGCAUGAUCGAUGCUGACAAUUCGGGAUCCAUCGAGAAGGAGGAGUUCAUUGGCCCCUUGAGCCGGUGGAUUCACGAGUCCAAGACUGCCACACGCUUCGUGAAAUACAACGUGGACCGCGUGCUGGACCAACAGGCAGAGCUCUUGAAGCAAAGCCAACAGCGUUUCAACUUGAUAGACUCGCAGAUCCAUGAUUUGAUGCAGCACUUCGUGCAAUUUUCCGACCGUUCCGGGCCCUCUGCGGGGCAGCUCACGAACAGUGAGAAGUGCACCAACAGCGAGACUUUGGCGCCACUGUGUCAUGUGGAGUCCGAGUGGGGCAUCGAGCAACCGAAAAUCAGCAAGGAGAGGAUGUGGCGCUCAGCAGGGCACAGUCUAUGGUUCAUGCCAGUGGGUUUGGGGUGUACAAAUCCCAUCUUGAGCUUGUAG